ACUUAUUAGUUUUAUUUUUUUACGGACUGUGUUUUUAGUUCUAUGUUAAAUUAAAAAUAUUUAUAUCAACUUUUUUUGUUUCUUUUGUUAUCAUGCUAGGAAAUCUAAAAGAAUUCAUAUCUGUUGUACAAGAUGGUUUAGGUGUAAACAGCAAUAUACGACAAACUCUACAGGAGGUGCAGAAGGUAAAGAAUAUAUUUAGAGAUAAACAAAAAGUGAACAGUGAAGCGAAAGUGAACUAUGGUGCUGGCGGUGCGCUGCUUGAAAAAUAUCAGGAACAGUGGGUUGAACUACAUCAGAACGCAGACGACAACGCCAAAGCCGCAGAUGAAGUAGAUAGAAUAAUUCUAGAAUUACACGAAAGUACAAAAACUAAGUUACAAAAUGCCCAGGCAUUGAGUCAGGGGUUAAUGCAUAUACCCGCGUUAACAGCCGCUGUUGCACAGUGUAUGGAUAGUUUGAAGAAUGUUCAGACUUUAUUGAAAACUGUAGAGGAAGAUUUAGUGGAAUUUGAGGAUAUUGCUGAAAGGAGAGCUAUGGAAAAGUGGAAGUUAGACCAUCACUACCAUCUUACACUGUAUCAGGAAAAGAAAAUGGCUGCCCUUGAAGAUAUACGUAGUAAACUAGCUAAAAGUAAUACAGAACAAACUUUUGAGAAGGAGCGUAGAGAACUGGCCGAAUUGCAAACUCGGAGAGAAAAUAGUUCCCAGGCAUUUCAGAAUGACAUGGCCAGAUACUUAAAUAGUGGUGUGGUACCAGCAGGGGCACCAUCAUCACCUAAAAUAACAUUGGAACAAGUGGAGUUGGAUGAUGACGGCUCUGAUUUGGAGAAGUUUCUAGAUAAAUUACCACAUUAAUAUGGCUGGG